UACCAAACACACCCAUAAUCUUAGCUUUAACAUAAAAUUGAGACCCUCAUACUGCUCUCGUCGUCACUAUCUAUUCUGUUUAUCACAACUCCAUUCACAAGCUAUUUGACAGAGAAAAGUGGAACACUAGAAGAUCACAUAUCGAUUCAAAAUUUAAAAUUUAUUUGUUCAAUAGACCAUACAACCUAGGUUCUCAUAAAGAUGUCUCGGCUAGUGCUCCCGAUUCUCUUCCUAAUUGUUGUAUUUGAGAUCAUCUAUCCGCAACCUGCUCUUGCUGGUUUGCCUGUCAAGUAUCUUCCUGGAUUUGAAGGAUCACUUCCUUUUCAACUCGAAACCGGGUAUAUAGGAGUAGGUGAAGCAGAUGAGGUGCAACUCUUCUAUUACUUUAUAAAGUCGCAGUCUAAUCCUAAAAUUGAUCCUCUUAUAUAUUGGUUUACGGGAGGUCCUGGUUGCUCUCCAUUAAGUGCGAUUUUAUAUGAAUUAGGCCCCGUUACAUUGGAUAUUAGAGCGUAUAAUGGGAGCUUGCCAACGUUGUCUUUAAAUCCAUAUGCAUAUACCAAGGUCGCAAACAUGAUCUUUGUGGAUUUACCAGUUGGGACUGGAUUCUCCUAUGCAACAACACAAAAAGCAAAUUACUCAGAUGACUUACAAUCAGCUCAUUAUGCUUAUGAAUUUCUUCGAAAGUGGUUUGUUGAGCAUCAAGAAUAUCUCAAAAAUCCUUUUUAUGUUGCUGGAGACUCCUAUAGUGGAAUUACAGUUCCUAUUGUUACUGAAGUCAUAUCAAAUGGGAUUGAUAUGGGGAUCAAGCCAUGGAUCAAUCUUAAGGGAUAUAUUCUUGGCAAUCCAUUAACAUUUAAAGACCAAGAUCAUUACUAUCGGAUCCAUUUUGCUCGUGGGAUGGGCCUAAUUUCUAACGAACUAUACGAGUCAUCAGUGAAUAACUGUGAAGGAGAGUACCUACAUAAUGGUCCAACCAAUUCACUUUGUUCUAGUGACAUGAUUAUGAUAGAGUGGUUGGUUAAGGAUAUUUAUCAAUAUAAUAUCCUAGAGCCCCCUUGUGAACUUGCAUCAUAUGAAUCAAGAAGAUCGUUGAUUGAGAAUAUUCAAAAGCUCAAAAAUCCUGCUACACAUUCUGGAAUUAAAUGUCGAGGACAAUGGCACGACCUCGGUUUGAUUUGGGCCAAUGAUAAGAAUGUACAAGAUGCUCUUCAUGUUCGAAAGAAGACUAAUGGAGCAUGGGAGGAAUGCAGGAGCAAUAUUUCUUUUGGAGCAAUUAUUGACAAUACUAUACCAUAUCAUGAGAAUCUUAGCCGUAAAGGUUUUAGAUCUCUUAUUUACAGUGGUGAUCACGAUAUGGUUGUACCAUUUAUUUCAACUGAAGCAUGGAUUACAUCACUAAAUUACCCAAUUGUUGUUGAUUGGAAGCCCUGGAUUGUCGAUGGUCAAGUUGCGGGGUAUACAAGAAGUUACUCCAACCAAAUGACGUUCGCCACGGUCAAGGGAGGAGGGCAUACUGCCCCAGAGUCCAAACCCGUGGAAUGUUUUUCCAUGUUAAAGCGUUGGUUAUCAUAUGAACCAUUAUAGCAGCAGCGUAUAAGUCGUUGCGCCUUAGCACACUCUUUUUAUUUGCUUGUUAGCGCUCCUAUUCCAAUUAUUUAUAUUAUAUAGUCGUAAAGAAACUAAAUGAAAUUUGACAAUCAUAGCUCAAGCAUGCGAAGAAAACUCGAAUAGCUUGAUUUGGAGAAUCUUUAAUGAAGCUGUAGUAAGUUAAUUUUGAGUUUGAAAGCUCUCUCGAUGAAAUCUUAUAGUGUAUGUAUGUAUGUAUAGAUAAUAUUAUAAAUUGACAUUACAUAAA